GAUAUGGAGAAUUUACAGCUGCAAGCUGAAUACUGUUUUGUCUUCUUCAAGAGGAUUGAAGGCUUCACAAGUAAUAUGAAUCUAGUAACAGAAGAUUCCGAGUCAAUAGUAGAUGGUCGCCUCAGCGAUGCCAAUAUCAUAUGGCUCGCAAGACAAAUUUUAUUCUACCAAAGGAACCAACUGCAACCUAGAGGGUCGUUUGAACUUCAUAUUGCCUUCAACAUAGGUGAUGAUUUAUUGGCUCAGUUACUUGAGCUCGUAGGAGCAUCUGAGUGUGUCCUGAUGGCUGGGAUACUGAGUCUAGGCAGG